UCCAGGCAGGAACUCAACUGACUCCACCAGCAGAACUUGCCUCCCGACCCUUUCUCUCUCACUCGCAGGAUGGCAGCUCCUCUCUCUGCAGGCAAGCAUGAGGCUCUCCCAGGGCCGGUGCAGGACACCCAACAGAGUGUGAAGGAGCGUGGCCAAUGGGAUAGCAAAAUGGAGUUUAUUCUAACUGUGGCUGGCGCUAUUAUUGGUCUUGGAAAUAUAUGGAGAUUUCCCUAUCUUUGUUACAAGAACGGUGGGGGGGCAUUCUUCAUCCCAUACAUCCUGUACCUGGUGACCUGUGGCAUCCCUCUGUUCAUCCUGGAGACUGCUCUGGGCCAGUACACCAGCCAGGGGGGCAUCACCUGCUGGAGAAAGAUCUGCCCGCUGUUUGAGGGAAUGGGCUAUGCCGCCCAAGUGAUUACUAUAUAUGGAUGUAUGACCUACAUUGUGAUUUUGGCAUGGGCUUUUCUCUACCUGUUCUCAUCCUUCACUGCUGACCUGCCAUGGGCCAACUGCAACAAUGCCUGGAACACAGAUGCUUGUGUGACAUUUGGCACCAAUAAUGCCAGCAGCAAUUGGACUGGUUCUCUCCUGAAUUCAUCAUCUUCCGUUGUGGAGUUUUGGCAGCGGCGAGUGCUGCGGAUAUCAGAUGGGAUUGAGUCAUUGGGAGGUAUUAGAUGGGAGCUGGCUCUGUGUCUUCUACUGUCAUGGAUUCUCUGUUACUUCUGUGUCUGGAAAGGAGUGAAGUCUACUGGGAAGGCGGCAUACUUCACGGCUACCUUCCCCUAUGUCAUGCUAGUGGUGCUAUUUGUCAGAGGAGUGACCCUUCCAGGAGCUAAAGAUGGCAUCUUCUACUACUUGUAUCCCAAUGCGACACGGCUAGCUGAUCCACAGGUUUGGAUGGAUGCUGGAACACAGAUAUUCUAUUCUUACGCUAUAUGCAUGGGCUACCUGACCUCUCUUGGAAGCUACAACAAAUACAACAACAACUGCUACAAAGACUCCUUCUACCUGUGCUUGUUGAACAGUGGGACCAGCUUCGUGUCUGGUUUUGCCAUCUUCUCCAUACUGGGUUAUAUGGCUCGAGAACAGGGUGUGGACAUCUCUGUCGUUGCUGAGUCAGGUCCUGGCCUGGUGUUCAUAGUGUACCCCCAGGCAGUGUCCCUCCUCCCCUGCCCUCAGUUCUGGGCUGUCUGUUUCUUCACCAUGAUCAUCCUAUUGGGAGUGGAUGGCCAGUUUGUCGGCCUUGAGAGCCUAAUGACCUCAGUAACGGACAUCUACCCACACGUCAUCAGAAAGGGCUACAGGAGGGAGCUGAUUCUGCUGCUCAUCUGCUGCUGCUGCUACCUGGUCGGACUCAUCAUGGUCACAGAGGGUGGCCUCUACAUCAUCCAGCUGUUUGAUCAUUAUGUGUGCAGUGGUGCCACUCUGCUGCUCCUCUCCAUAUGCCAGUCACUCAGUAUUGGAUGGAUAUAUGGUGCUGAACGCUUCUGUGACAACAUUGAGGAAAUGAUUGGUUAUAGGCCCUCCUUCCUGGUGAAGUAUUGUUGGCUCUACAUUACCCCUACUAUCUGCACAGGAACCUUUGUAUUCUCCCUGCUGAAGUACAGCCCUUUGAAUUUCAACAACACAUAUGUGUACCCGUGGUGGGCCUACUGGCUAGGCUGGUUCCUGGCUAUGUCCUCCCUCUCUCUCAUCCCCAUCACCAUGGUCUACAAAUUGUACCGGGUCAAAGGGACUUUCUGGCAGCGCCUCCAGGCAAUCUGUCGGCCAGCAGAUGACCUUCCUAUGAUGAAGGAGGAGAUGGCAGGUCUCUAUGCUCUAGACCGUGUUACUGACGAUGAGAAGACAUACAGCAAUAAUCUAUAGACUGACUGACUGUUCUAUUACUUUUCGGCCUGGUUUCCCGGACACAGAUUAAGCCUAGUCCUGGACAAAACAAAUUUGGGGAUGGAGACCAUGCUUUUUCGUCCAGGACAAGACUUAAUCUGUGUCCGGGAAACCAGACCUUUUUUUAGUCUAUUCUAGUCUAUUUUUGUAACUUAAAAUAUAUAUAUUAAGGGUUUUGGGGGGCUUUGUGUUUUAUAUAGUUAAUGUAGCUGCUCAGAGUUGUGCUUGAGUAAUUGGGGGUUAUUGGGUUUGGACUGCAGUAUAAUGUAUAGUGAGUGCAGUAUCAUAUAGUUUUAUUUAGCUUAAUCAACUUAAUAUCUAUAGCAUAAUGUGAAAAAUCAUAGCAACAUCUUUUUCUUAUAUGAAUGAAAUGAUUAGUGGGUUGUAGACCAUUCAUUAAAUAGCUACACCUAGAUCGCCUAAACAUUUUGGGCCGGUUUCCCAGACACAGAUUAAGCCUAAUCCUGGACUAAA